AUGCAUUUUUCAAAAAUAGCAAGUGAUUUGUUAGUGUUCCCAGACUGAUCCAACUUUAAUUUUGUUUUAUUUUGAAAGCUUGAGUAUUAUUCUUUAAAAAGUCAUUUUAACUUUUUGCUCAUAUUUGCUCCUUUUUUCAUAAUUUUAUUUUUUGUGAGGUUAUGUUGACCUAAUUAAAUUGAAUAACAAUCUAUUCUAAUUUUUCGUUAUUUGCAUAAUUCAAGAAAGUGUAGUAAAUCCAAAACAAAUUAAGAUUUAUUCCACUUUUUGUUGAUUAGUAGUGAUCCACUGAUCACAAGCAAAAGAAACAUAAAAAGAAAAAAUUAGAACACCUGCCAGUGGAAGCACUGCAUAUUAGUGCAUAAUAUAUUAUGUUCAAAUCUCCGAAUGUGCAAGAUGUUGACGUCACAUCUGAUGAUUCUGAUGAUGAUCUGUAGUUUAAGUUUUUCAAUAUUUUACCUAAAAAAUUUUAUGUGAUUCUUAUAAAUAUGCGGUAAAUGGUUUUAAAGAACAAUUUGGUUAAGCAAUUUUUCAAAAAUAAUGUUAACACAAUUGUUUUGAGAUAUAAAUAAUAUUAGAUAAUAAUAAAUAAAUAAGAUAUAAAAUAAAAAUGACUAAACUUCAAAUAUCAUUUAAAUCAAUAUCGGUAGUAACUACGGACAUUCAGCUUUGAAAAUUUUGAGCAAAACAUUUUUUGAACAAGCCAUCCUUCAAGGGAAAAUAUUUGUAAAGCGAGGCUCAGGAAGAAAAAGAACAUCCUGGUUAAAGAACUUCAGAACGUGCUUUAACAAACACCUGUGCAGCUUUUCCGCGCUGCUGCAGAUAAAAUAAAGAUUGCCAUGAUGAUCGCCAACAUUCGUCACGGAUAGGCACAUUGAGAAGAAGAAGAAAACUUUGAAAAAACAUCGUUUUUUUAUGUACACACAACUUAUAAUAUUUGAAAAAAAAAAUUGGCCAUAAUAUAUCGACAAUGAUUUAAUGCCAACUUAUGUUGUCUCUUGCCCCACUGUGCGUCGAUAUGAAUAUUCGGUUUAAAUUCUCGAGAACCUUCAGGAAUCGAAUACUCUUCGAUUCUUGGUGUUCGAGAACACUCCAGUAUAUGCGUCACCAUUCUGUCGAGUUGGAACCGUCAUACGGGGACGUCCGAAAUAACCUUUUUCAUUACAAUAUCUGUUAAUUUUUACUAUCAUUAAUUUCAUUUCAAUCGAUAUUUUGGAAAUCACGAAAUUUUGACUGUACCAAAUUUAGUAUACACACUUCAGUUUUAGUUUUUAAAUGAUUUGUUCUGUUUCUGUUGCAUUAAUCUUGUUUCUAAAUUAUUAAAGAAUAUGUAUUUUACUUUUUAUUUUAGAUAUCAACCCAGAGGAGAGCACAUCGGAACCUAUGAAAUGAACUGUUCUAUGUUCCUUAAGCCGGCCUGUUGAAGAAACAACAUUAAAAUGUGAAUAUUGUUUUAAGCAGUUUAAUUGUAAAAAUUCUUUGGAUGUAUUAUACAUAUGAAAGUUCAUACUCGAGAAUCACCUCACAAUCGCGAAAUUUGUUUUAAGCAGUUUAGUAAUUCCAGUAAUUUAAAAAUACAUUUGAGAUUGCACACUGGGAAACAACCUUACAAGUGCGAAAUUUGUUUUAAGCAGUUUACCCAAACAAGUCCUUUGAACACACAUAUGAGAAUGUACACUGGGGAAAAACCUUACAAGUGUGAAAUUUGUUUUAAGAAGUUUAGUAAUUCGAGUAAUUUAAAAACACAUUUGAGAUUGCACACUGGGAAAAAACCUUACAAGUGCGAAAUUUGUUUUAAGCAGUUUACCCAAACAAGUUCUUUGAAAACACAUAUGAGAGUGCACACUGGGGAAAAACCUUACAAGUGUGAUAUUUGUUUUAAGACGUUUUCUCGGAAAAGUUUUUUGGACGAACAUAAGGGAAUUCACAAUGGACAAAAACGUCACAAGUGCCAAAUUUGUUUUAAGCAGUUUAGUAAUUCGAGUAAUCUAAAAACACAUUUCAUAUUGCACACUGGGAAAAAACCUUACAAGUGCGAAAUUUGUUUUAAGCAGUUUAGUAAUUCGGGUAAUUUAAAAACACAUUUGAGAUUGCACACUGGGAAAAAACCUUACAAGUGCGAAAUUUGUUUUAAGCAGUUUACCGAAACAAGUUCUUUGAAAACACAUAUGAGAGUGCACACUGGGGAAAAACCUUACAAGUGUGAAAUUUGUUUUAAGCAGUUUACCGAAACAAGUUCUUUGAAAACACAUAUGAGAGUGCACACUGGGGAAAAACCUUACAAGUGUGAAAUUUGUUUUAAGACGUUUUCUCGGAAAAGUUUUUUGGACGAACAUACGGGAAUUCACAAUGGACAAAAACCUCACAAGUGCCAAAUUUGUUUUAAGCAGUUUAGUAAUUCGAGUAAUUUAAAAACACAUUUCAUAUUGCACACUGGGAAAAACCUUACAAGUGCGAAAUUUGUUUUAAGCAGUUUUCCCAAACAAGGUCUUUGAAAACACUUAAUAUGAAUGUGCACACUUUGAAGAAACCUUACAAGUGUGAAAUUUGUUUCAAAUCGUAAGUAUAUUCAAGCAUCCAAUUUGAAAAAUCAUAUGAGGGUGCUCACCGGGGAAAAACCAUACAAGUGCAAAAUUUGUUUUAAGCAGUUUAGCCAAAAAAGUAAUUUGAAAACACAUAUGAGAAUACACACCGGAGAAAAACCUUACAAGUGAAGAGUACAGAGGAAAAAUAAGGAAUGUCACUCUCUCAUUCAUUUUGGAUUUUCUCACCAUGUGGUAGCAAAAACUUAGUAUAGUAAAACCUCGAUAGAACGGACCGCUAUUUAACCGACUUCAGAUUAACGGACAAAAAAUCAGAUCAAAUGUAAAAAAUUUGAUUGCAAAAAAAUAUAAAAAAUCAAAUAUUGUAAGAAAUAUCAGCAAGAAUAUCUUGGCAAUGCUUUGUGCUAACUCAGAUGGAUCGCAUGGAUUGAC